AUGACUUGGCACUCUCUGAUGCUUGACAACCUCGACUCCCGGACUUGCGAUAUCGGCGCAUGCUGGAAACGGUCAGACCAAGGCCUCGACAUUGGUGACGAAUUCAAGCUGGCUUCCAUAUCAACUACAAGUGAAGGUGAUGGUCCUGGUGCCGGACUCACCAGUCCACUCCAGGGCUACAAAAGGAAUGCCUCCGUUGCAGGUUUUGAUAGCUCACCAGCGAGCGUCGAGUCACCAGACCAGAAUGGAGACGGGCACGCCCGUGAUGGCAGACGGCGCCCGGUAAAAAGAGCUUGUAAUGAAUGCCGGCAGCAGAAGUUGCGUUGCGAUGUCGUACAAGAACCUUUCCAGACUUGCAGCCGCUGCAAACGCCUUUCACUCGAAUGCAAGAUCGAGGACAAUUUCAAGCGCAUUGGCAAGAGGUCGCGAAAUGCAGAAAUGGAGCGCGAGAUCAUUGAGCUGCGGAAACAGGUGGCACAGCAGCAGGCCGGCAGCAUAUCCAAUGGCAACAUAAACUCGCAAUCAUCGCAGUCGGGGAUCGGCACCUUCAGUCAAGAUGCGGCUGCGGCAGGGCUUCUUGACCUGAGAGGGGGUGGGUUUGAGAAGAGUCCAGGAAGACCCAUAUUCAAGCGCUUGGAAGAUGUCACUUUGACCCUCGACCGGGUUCAGGAGCUGUUUCAACGGUUCUUCACAUAUCACCACCCUUUCCUACCCUUUCUCAAUCCUGAGAGAACACCGGAAGAAUACUUUACCCGGUCGCCUCUACUGUUCUGGACCAUCAUCAUGGUGGGCUCUCGCCACUAUCCAGUUGAGCCUAAUCUUUUAAAUGCUCUUACCGGUCCCAUGACCAGACUCGUCUGGUCGACCAUUUCCGAGGUCCCGCAAAACUAUCACGUUGUCAAGGCCCUCAUUUUGUUGUGUGCUUGGCCUCUGCCCACUAGCAGCACCUCCACAGACCCGACGUUCAUGCUCUGUGGCAUGAUGAUGCAGAUUGCUCUACAAAUUGGCUUACAUCGUCCUACCCACGCGCAAGAUUUCACCCGGUUCCGAGUUGAGCUUCGAGAGGUCGAACUCCAAGACAGGGUCGUGGUCUGGAGUGUGUGCAAUAUCGUGGCUCAGAGAAUAUGCACCGCCUACGGGCAGCCUCCUCUCACGAUCUAUGAUUGGACUCUCGGGCCCAAACCAAUUGAAACGAAUCCGAAUUAUCAGUUACCGGCGCCCAUCUUCAAUCGGUUGCUCGUGGAAAAGUUCGUCGACCGAGUUUCCCGGACCUUGUACAUGAAUACACAUGAUCCCGUGGGCCUAGCAACGGACGCAGAAAGGCCUACCUACGUAUCACUUCUCGCGCACGAUCUAGACGAGCUUGAAGAUAAGUUACGAAAAGAUACCUCCCCAAUCACUAAAAUCUAUCUGAGGGCGGCACGGCUCCACAUGAUGCUGAGCGCAUUCUUCUCUCCUCCGUCACUGCCCUCAUAUAGGGCGGAUAUGCUGAAGCUUUAUCAGGCCACCACCGAUUAUCUCGAGAUAUGUCUCAGCUUAGAAUCCACCAUGGGCGUCAAUUUGCCAUCCAAUUACUCUCAUGGGUUGUCUCUCUCGCAUGCGACUAACUACAUUUUCCACAUGAUGUUGGCAGCUGGCUUCUCGCUCCUCAAAUUGAUGCACAAUUUCCUGGGCGAGCAUGAAUUGGACCUCAAAGGAGCAUCUGACCUCCUUUCCAGAACAGUGUGGGCAUUGCGAAGUAUGAGCGUGGUAGAGAAUGACCUUGCGGAGCGACUCUCCGAAGUGUUGGCCCAAGUUUGGAAGAGUGGAAGAGUGCGAGCCGAACCCGACAACAAUAGUAUUGGAGAAGGCGACGUCGACGACAGUCUGCAGUUGAAAGUCAAAUGCCGGAUGUCCAUGUCGCUGGUAUUUGACUCGGUAUGGCGAUGGCGUCGGAAUUUCCAUUUCAGGGGUGGAAAGCCAUCUGAUGUACGGCAACGCAAUGCCAAACUACAACAACUAGACAGCCAGGUCGCCUUGCCGGGUUCAAAUAUGGACUCCAACUCAGCCAUGAAUGAUCCCAUGCUGUCCACUUCUGCCAUUGUACCGGGCGUGGCUGGAAUGGCGACGGGGAUGACCGAUGAAUUUGGCAUGGAUCAUGGCCAAGCGAGUUAUGAUGUGUUCGAUCCUUUGAACUGGAUGCUGGACGGAAUUGUGGACUUUCCCUACAACUUCAACAACGUGCAAACAAAUGACAUGCCGGGCAUGGAGUCACUUGGAGGAGGACUGUGA